AUGUCUGAAACCACACCAUUCCAAAUUCCUACUACUGGAGAUCUUCAUUGGUUUAAAGUACCACCAAAAGUAUUCUUUGAACCAUUUUCUAUUAGAUAUCUUGCAGAACUUAAAGACCUUAGUAAAAUUUUUAUUGUUUCUGAUCGUAUGGUUUAUAAAUUAGGAUAUGUUGAAAGAAUAAUGGAGAUAUUAAAGAGAAGAAGAAAUCAAGUUGAAAUUGAAAUUUAUAUUGAUGUUCCAAUUGAACCAACUACAAAAGCUAUUACAGAAGCAUUAAAUGUCAUAAAUACUUUUAAUCCAGAUAAUAUUAUUGCUAUUGGAGGUGGAUCAGUUAUGUGUGUAGCUAAAAUUAUGUGGAUGUUAUAUGAACAUCCAGAAAUUAAAAUUAAAGAUAUACCAACUCAAUUUGUUAAUAUUAAAGAAAAUGUUUUUAAUGGACCAGAAGUUGGUGAAAAAGCACGUUUAAUUUGUGUUCCAACUACAUCAGGAACUGGAUGUGAAGUUUCUCCAUUUUGUAUAUUAGUUGAUGAAAAAACUAAUACCACAUAUCCAAUUGCACAUUAUAAUUUAAUUCCAUCUGUUGCUAUUAUUGAUCCAGAAUUUACUUAUACUGUACCUAAAAGAACAUUUGCUGAUAAUGGAUUUGAUAUGUUAUCUCAUUCUAUUGAAGCAUAUAUUUCUACUUAUGCUAAUGAUUACUCAAAUGGUAUGUGUCUUGAAGCACUUCAAUUAAUUUUUAAAAAUUUAGUUAAUGGUUAUAAUGGAUGUUCUUGUGCUCGUGCUGUUUUACAUAAUGCUUCUACUAUUGCUGGUAUGGCACAUGGUAAUGCGUAUCUUGGACUUGUUCAUGCAUUAGCAUAUAAAAUUGCUAAUCAUUUCCAUAUUCAUCAUGGUAGAGUUGCUGGUAUUUUAUUACCACAUAUUAUUCGAUAUAAUGCAAAAGCACCAGUAGAAGGACAAUCUCAAUUAAAGAAAUAUGAUAUAAUGGAAAGAUUUAGUAAAAUUUGUGAUAGAACAGGAUUAAAUCCAGGAAAUAAUGCUAGUGAAUCACUUGCUUCUGAAUGUGAAUUAUUACUUAAAGGAACAGAAAGUGCAACUGGAUUUGCACAAUGUGGUAUUGAUGAAAAAGAAUGGAAAGAUGCUAUUCAUAAUAUUGCCAUAACUGCUUUAGAAUCACAAUAUAGUAAUUAUAAUCCAAAGAAAGCAACAGUUACUGAACUUUGA